AUGCAAGCUGGCGUCGACGCUUGGGGCAGAUCAGUGCCUCAGCCUUUGCAUAUCGACGCACACAUAUUCACCGACGUGGCGCGCGCCGGCCAAAGCGAUCAUAUUCAGCAUACCCACAACUAUGGCACCUUGUAUCGAGCGCUCGAACGUUUUGCUACAGAAAAUGCUUGCUCCUCGAUGAUUCAUGCCGCGGAAGGUUGCAUGCAAGUGUGCCUGGAAGAGUGCCACGCACCCUAUGCGGAAGUACAUGUCCGCCUUCCUAGGGCUUUGCUCCAUGCAGACGCAGCUGGUAUCUCUCUUGUACGCAGUGCACGAGAUGCUGCCACUACCCACGGUAUGAUGCAGCUGGAACAUGGCAUGCUGCGUAUUCAUGGACUCCGUGUCGAUGCGAUUCUUGGUGUCAAUCCUUGGGGAACGUGA